AUGCGCGUUACGCCUACGAUUCUCUUGAUGUUUCAAUCCAACGAUGUGGACCCUGCCUCCAUCUCAUCCAUGUUGGGCUGGCGUGUGCCAGACCAUGACACAAGUGAGGAGCCAGAUCGGAUACCCCUUCUUUGCAGGUAUUUCCAAGCGGACACCUUAAGCCAGAGCGUCUUGGGUGUCCUUCUGUGCUCUCCAGCAGAGAGGCUGGGAAAAGAACACCACAGCUGGUUGCAGAAGCGCAUCUCGACCCUCUCCCUAGCGGCGGGUGCGGGUGGCGGGCCCGGCGCUGGGCCCUUGGCCUUGGCUGCCUCUCUGGGUGCGGGUCCAGGGAAGGAGCCCUCGAAGCCUCUAAAGCCAAACUUCCUCCGCAUGGAUCGGCCACUCAAAGAGCAGUGCCCCGUGCGAGUCUGCUUCGGAGCAGCCGUGGAUCUGGAAGCCGCGGAGUUCGGCCCGGUGCCUGGCUCGGAGCCGGAGGAGGCAGCGGAUCAGCCGAAGGCCGCAGAGCCCGCCGCAGAUGCCGCAGAGCCCGGAGAGCGGCAGCGGAUGAUCGGGUGCCUCUUCCUGCAUACCGAUGUGGGGCCACCCCAUUCAAAGACGAAAGACGGGAUCCAGCUGUCGGUAUGGCGGGCCUUUGCAAAGGCGCUGAGAGAGGUCAGUGGCUCCGGUUUAGAGGUGGACCUGAUCGCCGCGAAGCCUUGCAGAUACCACACAGCAGCAGCCGCAGACAUGCAGCCUUCCAAGCCGCAGGAACCGAGCUCUUCACCGUUGAGCCUUGUGCUUUUCCAGCUGGAGCGGCCGAGCUUCUCAGCGGAGCGGAUAGCUGAGGCCGUGUGCCGAGGCUUUGCAUCUGAGGCCGAUUCAAAGGCUUCCUUCUGCAGGGGGAGGCUGGCGCGGCAUCGUCCCCGGGAGCUGUUGCUACUCCACGGCACGCGCUUUGGGGCCCAGGCGCACCUGUGGAGGAGCCUGGCUCCUGGCAGCGAGGCAGUGCUCCGGCUCGGUGGGCCGAUCCCCUGGGACUUUCUGGCCGCUUUGGACUUCUUUGAGGUGCCCCGCUUUGUGGAUGUGAAGUGCGUGCAGAUCGGGGCUUCGGGUCUGCUCAGGGCCGAGUGGGCCUUAGCUCAGAGCGGCUCGCCAAGCCUUGGCUCCUUGGAGUGGAAAGAAAAAGCCGAUCCCCCUAAAAAGAAGGCCAAGGCCAAGGCGGAGGCCGAAGCGGAGGCGGAGGGAGCCGCGCAGGAGGAGGAGGAGGCGGAGGCGGAGAGCUCGGAGGACGAAGAGGUUGCCGAGGGCGAAGAAGGGCCCGGGCCCCCGCAGCUCUGGGGGAUCAUCAGAGCCCGCAGAAGGAGGUGGGCUGACGAGACGGAUUCUGACGAAGGUCAGAAGAAGGUGGUUCGGAUGGCACAUGCAGACUCGCUACCACCCGAAUCAGCUACAAGCUCGUUGCCGGAAGCGUCGCCGAAGGCCCAAUCUCCAGGCCCGAGCAGUGCCAGCCCUUCCAACAGCAUCAGGCCCGGGCAGAGCAAGUUCGCGACCAGCUUCGGCAGCCCCAAGUCGCAGAUGCUCUCGUCCUCUUCCUGCAGCCCAAAGCACCAGAACUUCCCGUCCACCGACCAGGAGACGUCCGAGGCGACGGGAACGCACUCGCCUUCCCCAGAGCCGGAGGGGCCCUGGGGCUUGCCAGCGACCUCUAUGCAUUGGAAGACCUUCGUGCGGAAGACUGCCGAGGUAAACGACAGUCGUGUGGAGGAGACCUGUGAACCACGGGGUCGCAGCACAACUCCAGCCGGAGCAUUGGGAGCACGCGCAGAAUGUCCGCCGCUCGCCAAGUUGGGCAUUUGCUUCGAGGGCGCCGCGAGGGCAGAGCCCAGUGUGGCCCGGGCGCGCCGCUCCAACGACCCGGGCCCGCCCUCCCAAGAUGAGGAGUCUGCGAACGUGAAGCGAUCCUUGGGCCAAAGCAUGGAACAGGUGCUAGGGCUGCUUGCAGAGGCUCGGACCUUGGGGCUGGUGGACGAAGUGAGGAGUGCCGAGAAGCGCCUCAAGGCCGCGAUGCUCCAAAGGUUGGGGCCCGCGCCCUCGCCGUCGCCUUCGCCAAGCUACCCAGCUCCCGCAUGCGGCUCUUCCGGUGCCGCCUCAGGUGUCGCUUCAGUGCCACGCAGCCGAGCGCUUAGUCGGGCCUCUUCUUGCGACUCCUUCUUCGACGGCGAGGCCCUGCGCUUCGUGCUGGCACCCUCGCCAUCGAACACACCAGGUGACAUCACUCAGUCGAACUCCCCACGCUCCCACUGCCACACCCCGGGCGGUGCCGGUGCCUAUGAAAAUGAUUACACACAGUACCAACAGUACCAGGCCUACCAUGGCAUCAGAGGCUCCCACGGGUCCCACGCGCCCAGCGCAGCCAGCAUCGACUCGGCGCUGCGAAAGGUGGAACAAGUGGCGGAGGCGCUGCAGGUGCCUCAGGUGCCUCAACCGGGCAGCCAGUGGGUGCAAGCGCAAGCGGCGUCAGAGACCUUCGAGGAAGGGCCUGCGCCGGCCAACGCCUGGCAAGAUGCCUUGGCGCCGCUCCUACGUGCCCCAGCCCCAAGCGCACCCCUGCGGCGGCGCAGCAAGCCCUCCGCGGAGUCCGGGCCGAGCUUGGGGUUCAUGUGGCACAGCAGCCCCUUUGCCAUCUCCAGAACGCCCAACAUCCACACACCGGUCUCGCACCACUCCCCCGCCCGCUCCCCGACCUCCUUCAGUGGCUACUGCUCCCCUAUCCCGGGCUUCCCGUCUGGAGUGGCCUCUCCCAACCGCCGCUCCGGCUACUCCUCCCCGUCUACCGGCCUGAACGCAGCAGCUUUUUUUACCGGCGCAGCGGCCGCCGCCACCCAGUCCGGGCUCAUGCGCCGGCUCAUGUCCUUGAGAGAGGCCCGGGGAGAAGAGCGCGAGGAGGACAGCGAGUGGUCCAGCGAGGACCCGUCCGAUGGAGAGGGGGACAGGGCCCCGCCCGACCUCUUGGAGCUCUUGUUGAAGCACGCCGAGCGAGUGGCCCCACGCCGCGGGGGGCGGGAGCCGAGAUCGCUCUGCUUGGAUCUGAGCUCUGAGCUGUUGCCUGUGCGGCUCCGGGGCCUAUUGCCUUGCUACGCGAUCCCGUUUCUCAAUGCCUGGGUGCAGGCGCUGCUUGCGUGCUCACCACUUUGCCAUCUGCUGGCACAGGUCUCCUGGCAGAAGCAGCCGCAUCAGCCGCAUCAGCGUCCGGCGUACAACUGCCUCAUGCAGUUGGCCUGGGAGUUCUACGGACACUCGGAGCUUCGGGGAGCUUCUGCGGGCUCUGCGGGCGUCUUCAAUCGCCUGCAGGCCACGGGCGACCACGCAGUCGACGCGGCUUUCCUCGCCGAGCCGCUGCUGAGACGAUUUGAGAGGGGGAAAUCGGUGCAAGAGGCGCCGGUUUUCCCUGACCUUGUCGGUCCCGACAUGUUCUCCUGCUUCCUGCGGUUUUUCCUUGGUGAGCUUCAUGACGAGUGCAAGUGGCCAACUCUCUCCGCGGUGCCUUACCAGCACGAGGACUCACCGAUGAUGCGGAUCUUUGGAGGGCUCGUCCGGAAGUCCUCCCAUGGGAGGCGAGUGAGCACCCUCGGCGAUGGUCAUGCUCACACGGAUGUGGCGCCCUUCCUCUUGCUUCACCUGGAUCUUGCAGACCCUUUCGGGGAUCCCAAAACGCCCAUCUCGGUGGAGGCUGCUGUGGAGCAGCUGCUGACGCGACAGGAAGCCCGGUUCCUUCGGCUCCCGCCCUUCUUGCUCCUCCACCUGCACCGAUUCCGCACGGGAAGCGACGGCUUGCCCGACCGGGUCAAUCGAAAGUGUCGCAUAGGCCUCGAAAUGGAGCUGGAAGAGGCCACGGGUUACACCCUGCGCUCAGUCACAUACCAACUGCGGAGUGCCAUUUGCCACUACGGCGAAGUCCCAGAAGGUGGGGCCUACAAGGCCUUCGCGUUGCAUUGCGAGCAAAGGCCGGAAAACGGGCAGCGGCCCGGGCCGGAGGGGCCGGAAGGAUCCUGGCAUGUGCUGGACGACGCAGCAGUGCGCUGCAAGAAGGACAUCCAAGAGAUAAUCGACUCAGAAGGGCACCACGCCUGUCUGCUGAUGUUCCGGCGGCAAGACACAAAGACCGUCAAUCUCAGGCUUCGUAGCAGUGCCACAUCCCGUAGCUUUGCCAUGUGGGGCCGCAGCUGUGGCGUUCGAGCGUUCCGUGUCGCGGUGCUGCCCUUUGAAGCCCUUUGUCUCCGCUCCAACCGGCACAUCGCCACGAAGAGGGAAAGACAGAGACAGAUGGGUGCGAAGGCCAGCCUGGCUGGGGUGCUGUCGAGGCAGCGCCUCCCGGCGUUCGCGUGCCAGCGAGGCCGCGCCUUUGCCGAGACCAAGAAGCGGCGGCCCCUUCGACCGAAGGAGGAGCUCUUGAGAGACGCGACGCACCACGAUGUGCCCGUGCGCCGAAAGGCAGUGAAGGACCUUGGCAGAUACCCCGGUGACCCUGAGGCCAUCGCGGCCUUGGCCAAGGCCCUGGGUGACGAAGAUGUUGCUGUGCAGCUCGCCGCGCAGGGCGCCAUGUCCAAAGUUGCCGACAUCGGCGACCCGCGCACCGUCCAGGCGACGUUGGAGCGCGUGUCCAGUACCUGUGAGUGGACGAGGAUUGCAGCAUUGAGCACCCUGGCAGACAUCACAGGCAAGUUCGGACACGCCACACGAGGGACGGCGCUGGACCUGCAGGUGGAGGAGGCCGUUAAGUCCCGACUAACAGACGAGGACUGGGGAGUUUGGAGCCCAGGGAGGAUGAAGGCCAAAGUUCCCAUCUUCCGCUCUCCUUGCACUUUCUUGGAUGGCGGUUCCGGGAGGCGUGGAUCCCGGAUCGGCCUCCGUGCGGGUGCGGUCACAGAUACACUGAACGUCACAGAGGUCUACAGGCUCCUGAAGCAGGCUCCGACGACGCGGCAUGCUCUUCAGCUGGCAUCGCGCCUGCGUAAAGCUGCCAGGGACGGGAAGCGCACGAAGGAAGGGCGCAUGCUAGACCCCGGCAUCGUCGAUGAAGCCUUGGAUGUGCUUUUGGAGAACAAUGCGAGGCUCCGAAUCCCGGUGAAGAAAGUGCAGAGCAUCUACGACGAGGACGAGGACGAGGACGACGAGGAGCUCUCGAACCCCUUCGCGAAAAAGCGCAGGCCGCAGGAUGCGCCUUGGGCGGAGGAGGCCUUCCCCGAAGCCUCCGAGGCCGCGGAAGCAGGCGAUCCGACCUUGCUGGCUCAGGCGGCAGCCGCCGAGGAGGCGGAAGACCGGGCCGAGGAAUUCGGUCGCGCCACCGCUGAGCAGUUCGAGGAGAGGAAAAGAAGUCCGGAGCCGCAGCCGCAGCCGGAGCCGAAGGCACCGCCCCGCUGGAAGUCGGGGUCUUCCCCUGAGACAGAGACAGAGAACGAAGAGGACGACGGCGACGUGCCCUACGAGCUCUGGGAGCAGGUGAUUUCCAAGAAGUUCAACGUCGUUGACAGGGUUUGGAAAGCCCCAACUUCGACGGACCUCCCUAGGGUGCCUAAGCUGAGCGAAGAUGCGAUGGUUCCUGAGAAUGCAUGGCUGAGAAUGCCCCACAUUGCCGUGAACGGCAUGACGAACUGCGGGAAGUCCUCCCUAAUCAACCACGUUGUGAGAUGGAACUAUGCCGCCAAAGCAUCCUCGAGGGCAGGGCGAACAACGAGCAUCGAUUUCUACGUCGUGAACAACCGCUUCGUCCUGGUCGAUUUGCCGGGGUAUCCUGAUCCCGAGGAGAUGGCUCACCAGGGUGUACUAAAGCGAUGGGAGGCGGUCUGGGAGGACCUCGUGCUGCGAUAUCUUCAGAUGUGCGAGGAGGGUGUCUACGAUUUGCGCCUUAUGAUGCACCUGCAGCAGAGCCACAAGAAGCCGUCCCGGGCUUGUAGGCGCUUCGUACAAGAGCUACAGGAGCGGAAACUUCCUAUGCUCUUGAUCAUGACGAAGGACGAUCAUCUCGUGAAGCCACAGGAGCAACGGAACCCUUAUGCUACCCAGAUGAAAAAGACCUUGCAGCUGGAGGGACCCCACAUCCACUACACCUCCAAGAAGGGCUUAGCAAUGGCCCGGAAUUGCAAAAACCACGUGCAGAAGUGGAUUCGGAGGGCAGUGACGGCAGAGAGUGCAGAGGAUGUCAAGACGCUCCUGAAGGAGAAGUGGGAGAACCGGACAAUCUCUGCCCCCAAGAAGACCGCAGAAGAGAAGCAAGCAAAGAUAGACUUCUGGAAAGCCCGGUACAAGAAGAUGAGGAAGGAGAAGAAGGCCAAGCGCCGAGGAGAAAGGGCCACCCUCGCCGCCCUGGCGCGCGCCGCCAAGGGGGGCCCAGUCUCUGGUGGUGAUCUCGACGAGGACUUUGAGGACGAGGACUUCGACGAAGAGCCCGCUGUAGACAUGGACUUCGCCUAG